AUGCGGUUACCGGGGUACGUUCUGGCGGAGAAGCGCCGUUUCCCUGAUGACUGCCUGUGGCUUCGGGGUAUGCUCCCCCUUAAAUACCUCCCAGUCGCUCCCUCGGGGGACCUAGAAGUGGUCAAGACAGGCGUGUUUCUCACGUCCUCCCAGGUAGUAGCAGACGGGUUGGUGGUUGCUACGGACGCGUCAGGGGGCAAGUUCACCAAGGAUCCGCGAUUGCGAAGAGUGAGCUGGUCUGUUGUCGUGGGGAUAAGGCCCACUUGGGUAAAAUCCCACCUAACUAGCCGUGAGUUCGAAAUUCGGUUUGGCUUUUCCCAGCUUUGGAGACAGAAGGCCAACCAGUGCGCCGACGAGUUGGCAGGCAAACGGGCUGCCACCAUACCGCCUGUUGCAGGGCGGAAAGUCCAGGACCUGGAUAGGCUCGUAACCAGGAUCUGCGAUUACCUGGCGUCGCGAGCUGUGGUUGUUUUGAAACAUGCCUCAAAAGAUGAUUUUGUCCCCCGUAGCCAACGGCAGGAACCCCAACCACCCAAAGGGCCUAACAAACGCCAGCUUUUGUUGGCGAAAGUGGAUGUCCCGGAAGCAGUAGGCCUCGGUUUCCACGCCUUCUGGGCGGCCGGACUCACCAGGAAGUGGUUUCCCUUCCUGGGGCAAGUGCACGUGAAGCCGGGCUGGCAAGGGAGGCUGCGCCGAAGCCGGCCAGCCGGGUCGCGGCCCCUUCUGGCGCGAGCAGCGCCAACGAAUGGCAGAGGGGAAGUCGUGGCGCUCUACGGAGACGACCAGCAGGAAGGGGCACCCCUCCCUGAGGAGGCUGAGGAGUCCCCCUGGGGCCGGCGGCAACGCAUGCGUAGAGAAGCUCAGGACUUUACCCCGGGUGUGCACGCGGCUGGUGAAGCAGCAAGCUACAUCAAGCGGCCCACCUCGCCUCGGCAUUUCCUCCCUCCAGAGCUCACACUUACGUGGGAUCCGAUUCGCCAGGUCGUGAUGGAAGCCCGAGUUCUCACGCGCCUGGGCUGGGGACAAAGCCGUGUAGGCUACCAGCUGUCUCAGGCGUUGGUCUUGAAGCUCACGGAUGAUGCAUCCUUAAAUGGUCCGGAGAUCGAUAUGGCGCGGCGUUUUCCCCGGCUUAUGGCUCCCAUCCUCACCAGUGGCUCCAUGUGGAUUGGACUAGGGCCUGAAGGAGAGCCAGGUGCGGGCCUGCAUCGUUUCCUGUACCACGUGCAAGAGCAUCGCAGCCAGGCCCGUGACUGGCUCCAGGAAAAUGCUGCCAAUGGUCUCCGUGUUCAUUCCUACCUCCUGGCCACGUUGGCCACCUUGGUGCACUUGUAUGCCUGUGGGGUUGAUGCCAAGGAUGUUGGCAUUUCAAACCUGAGCCACAGGCCGCUGGGCACGAGGGUGGUUCCCCUUCCGGCCUUCAUCGAUGCCAACAACUGGGGCCCCUCCCAUGGGAGAUAUGCAACACCCUUGGACCUUUGGGGGAAGAAGUUCGCUGGCUAUGCACCACCCCGGCCUAGGAGGACACCCACUGGGUAA